UCUCUUAAUAAUUCCUUUUUUGUCACUUCUAUCUUUAACACUCCAAAACUCACAUUCUCACAUCCAACAAAACAACAAUAUAACACCUCACUACCCUCCUCCAUAACUCUCCCUUCAUCCAUGGCCACCACCUCCCUAACAUCCGAUGACGAAGAGCUAGACCACCAAGAAUCAGAAGAAGAAGAACACUCCAACGCUGCGUUUUGUCAGAGCUUAUACGGAGUUGCUUCAGUUCUCGACCCAACAUCCAAAUGGGUUCGAGAAUGGAAUUGGGUCUUCCUCCUCGUCUGUGCAGCGGGCCUGUUCGUCGACCCUUUGUUUCUCUACACGCUAUCCAUAAGCGAGUCGUGGAUGUGCGUUUUUAUUGACGGGUGGUUGGCCAUCACCGUGACCGUCCUCCGCUGCAUGGGCGAUGCUUUGCACCUUUGGAAUAUGUGGCUUCAGCUCAAGACUGCUACAAAGUCAUCCUUUGCUGGUAGCGGGGAGGGUGAUGGGAGGGGUGAAAAUAGACGGCUUUGCGAUAGUAGCCCACGCGCCGUCGCUCUCCGGUAUUUGAAGUCCAAGAAAGGCUUCUUUUUUGAUCUCUUUGUCAUUCUUCCUUUUCCUCAGGUUGUAUUAUGGAUAGUAAUUCCUAGAAUAAUGAAAGAAGGAUUAGUGACAUCGGUGAUGACAGUCUUAUUGAUAGUUUUUUUGUUUCAAUAUUUACCAAAAUUGUACCAUUCUGUUUGCUUACUACGACGUCUCCAAAACCUUUCUGGUUACAUCUUUGGCACUGUUUGGUGGGGCAUUGCUCUCAAUCUCAUUGCUUACUUUGUUGCUGCCCAUGCUGCAGGUGCAUGUUGGUAUCUAUUAGGGGUACAAAGAGCAGCAAAAUGUCUAAAAGAGCAAUGUAGAUCAGCAACAACCAACAGCUGUGGGCUGAGGUUGUUAUCAUGCAAAGACCCAAUCUUCUAUGGACCAAACAAUAUGAGAAUGGGAAGAGAUGGAGGAAGGUUUGAUUGGGCAAACAAUAGGCUAUCAAAAUUCAUGUGUUUAGAUACUGCUGAUAACUUUGAUUAUGGAGCUUAUAAAUGGACUGUUCAACUUGUUGUCAAUCAAAGUCGGUUGGAGAAAAUCCUUUUCCCCAUCUUUUGGGGCCUCAUGACUCUUAGUACCUUUGGGAAUUUGGAAAGCACAACUGAAUGGCUGGAAGUAGUGUUCAAUAUCAUUGUUCUCACCAGUGGACUCUUAUUGGUCACCAUGUUGAUUGGAAAUAUCAAGGUGUUUCUACAUGCAACAACGUCAAAAAAACAAGGAAUGCAGCUGAAGAUGAGGAACCUAGAGUGGUGGAUGAGGAAGCGAAGGCUGCCACAAGGGUUUCGGCAGCGUGUUCGGAACUAUGAACGCCAACGGUGGGCGGCGAUGCGGGGUGUGGACGAGUGCGAGAUGAUAAAAAACCUACCGGAAGGGCUUAGACGAGACAUAAAGUAUCACCUUUGCUUGGAUCUAGUCAGGCAGGUGCCAUUGUUUCAACAUAUGGAUGAUCUUGUUCUUGAGAACAUUUGUGAUCGUGUCAAGUCCCUCAUCUUCACUAAGGGCGAAACCAUAACAAGAGAAGGAGAUCCAGUACAAAGAAUGCUAUUCGUAGUGCGAGGGCAUCUCCAAAGCAGCCAAGUCCUACGCGACGGCGUAAAAAGCUGCUGCAUGUUGGGCCCCGGCAACUUCAGCGGCGACGAGCUUCUAUCCUGGUGCCUCCGCCGCCCUUUCAUAGAGCGCCUUCCACCCUCCUCCUUUACUCUCGUGACACUGGAGACCACUGAAGCCUUCAGCUUGGAGGCCGAGGAUGUCAAGUAUGUAACCCAGCACUUCCGCUACACCUUUGUCAAUGACAAGGUCAAGCGCAGUGCCCGCUACUACUCCCCAGGCUGGCGCACUUGGGCUGCUGUUGCCAUCCAGCUAGCCUGGCGCCGAUAUCGCCAUCGUCUCACACUCACGUCCUUGUCCUUUAUUCGGCCCCGCCGCCCACUCUCACGGUGCUCUUCCUUGGGGGAGGAUCGCCUCCGCCUCUAUACGGCGUUGCUUACUUCUCCAAAGCCCAACCACGACCACUUUGAUUUUUGAAUCAACAUAUCUUAUCUUUGGCAUUUUCUUGCCUUUCAAUUGGAUUUUCUUUUUCGUUUGUUUUUUUAUUUUUUUUAUUUUAUUUGUUGUUAUAUUAUAUAUAUUAUUGUGUUCUGAUUACAAAUUGAAAGAAAAAAGAUUUUUUUUCUA